GAUCACCAUUGAAGAGGGAGGGGUCCAGGGGGCAAGGUCAUAGAAUAUUUGCUGAGAACAUUCUGCUCUCUCAAAGAGUAUAAAUCUGCACAUACUGAUAUUUUCCACAUCCUGACGAAGAAGAGGUCUGUACGGGGAAAGAUGCAGGGGUUUCUACACUGCACACUCGCCUCCUUGCUCCUAUAUGUGGUGUGGACCCACCCCCAGGGUGGUAAGCAGGAGGACCACCAACACCACCUCCACCAUGAGAUGCACGAGCCCCACCCUGUCCAUGGCAAAGGGGAGGACACCUGUCACAAGCUAGCCCCACACAAUGCCAACUUUGCCUUUGUCCUCUAUAAGAAGAUUGCCGCCAAGGCAGAGGUUGAGUCCAAAAAUGUGUUCUUCUCUCCACUGGGUAUCGCCACUGCCCUGUCGUUGCUGGCCGUUGGGUCCAAAGGUGACACUCACAAGGAACUGUACCAGGCCUUGGGCUACAGCCAGCUCAACACCAGUCAGGUGAAUGAGGCCUACGAGCACCUGAUGCAUAUGCUGGGCCACAGCCAGGGGGAGCUGAAACUGGACAAAGGGAGUGCUGUGGUCUUACAGGAUGGCUUCAAGCCUUUGCAAAAGUUCCUGGAUGAUGCCAAGCAUUACUACCAAGCCCAGGGCUUGACUGUGGACUUUAAGAAGCCAGAGGAAGCUGUCCAGGCGAUAAAUAAAUUCAUUGCAGAGAAGACUGACAACAAGAUCCCAGACCUAUUGAGCAGUGUGCAAAGUGACACCCUCAUGGUGCUGCUCAACUACAUCUACUUCAGAGGCAAAUGGGAAAAACCAUUUGAAGAGGAAAAUACUGUAAAGGCAGAUUUCAAAGUGGACGAGAACACCACAGUCCUAGUGGACAUGAUGAAGCGGACGGGCUGGCACAGCUACUACUAUGACCACGAGAACCACACCUCGGUGCUGAUGCUACCAUACAAGGGAAAUGCCUCCAUGAUGAUCCUCCUCCCCUGUGAGGGCAAGAUGAAAGACCUAGAGGCCAUCCUAAGCAAGGAGUAUAUCGCACACUGGCACAAAAACCUCUACAGGACUGUGGUGCAUCUGGAAAUGCCCAAAUUCUCAGUGUCUGGGUCCUACUCCCUGAAGGAGUUUCUCACAGAAAUGGGUGUGGUUGCCACAUUCUCUGAUGCAGCUGACCUGUCUGGGAUCUCUGAGGAUGUUGGCCUAAAGGUGUCAAAGGUGUCCCAUAAGGCUGUUCUCAGUGUGGACGAGAAAGGCACAGAGGCCGCUGCUGCAACUGCUGUGGAGAUGAUACCCAUGUCUCUGCCAGACAUGGUCAGCCUCAAUCGGCCCUUCCUGCUGCUCAUCCUUGAAAGUUCCACCCGCAGCAUUCUCUUCAUGGGCAAGAUAGUCAACCCCACAGCCCAGUAGACUCAUUAAUGGCCAUGAUUCUGCAGGAAGCUUUGAGGCUAUUGAGAGACCUCCCUUUAAGACAUCUCUGUCCUGCACGUCAGUAGGCAGAGCUUUUUUUUGCUAUCAGUAAUGUACAGAUUGAAACAAUCUGUGUUCAGAACAUGCAUAUUUAGAGAAGUAUGCAUGAGGUCUAUAUUAAUGGUUCCCAAACCUCUCCUUGAGUACUCCUAGCCAACCCCAGGUAUUUGAUGUGUUCCAUCUCAAGGGCUUGAUGAGUAGUAUCAGGUGUGCUUGAGGUGGAACACAUUAAAUACCUGGAUCUAGCUGAACAUACCUGAGAGGUUUGUGAACCACUCACCACUAUACAGAUUCUGCAGCAAAACUAUUGGCCUGCUUGCUCUCUUGUCACUGCUGCAGAUCAGUGUGUACUUGUCAUAUUCCAUGCCCUAAAUUGCAUUCUACCAGAAUUGUUGUGGAAUUUCAUACUAUUGAUAUUAAAUACUGUGGAUGUUUGGAUCUGCUUUCCAUAGAGAAACAAGAUGAACAUGAAAUAAAAAUUAUACUGGUUUUA